AUGCCUAACCAAAUUUCGAAAGCCGGUAUCGCCUUUGGGCUGCGCAACGACGACGACAACAAACCAUCGAACGCUCUACGCCAACCUUGGCGAGCGGUCUGGCCUGCGAACAACCAGUCUACGUCAACAACAGAGUAUACAGUCCUAUACGGGUAUCAAAAAGGGGCGAAAAUGACGACCCAGGGGAGUGCGGGCGAAUCUAGCAUGAGAAUCCAGUACGACACCGGCGCGCAUUACAAGCAAGAAACGAAAGUGUGA